CUUUUCCAAUGGAUAUAUAUUAGUCAAGUAACUUCUUUCCCUUUAGCUUUCUUUCUAUGCAUAUCCAUAUAUUUUGUUCUUCUACAUCCUCUCUUUUUUUUCCAAAUCCAAAUUCUUUCCCUAGUUAUUCAAAGGGCAAAUUAAAAAUGCUAGGGAUCAACAAGUUUAUUUCAGUGAAGAAACUAGCCAAGAAGGCUAAGGCAAUAACAACAAGUACUAGUACUCAUGAUCAAUACUUUCUUAUUAAGGACAACAAAAUUGAAGAAGAAUUAUCUCUUGGUAGCCCUAAUUCCUCAACACCAACAGGAAAUUUAGCCAUCUAUGUAGGAGAAGAACGCGAACGAUUCAUCGUGCCAACGAGCUAUCUUUCUCAUCCAUUGUUCAAGAUUUUGUUGGAGAAAACUUACAAUGAGUUUGGGUUUGAUCAAACAGGUGGAUUGGUGGUGCCAUGCAGUGUUAAUGCAUUUCAAGAAGUGGUUAAUGCUGUGGAAUGUUGCAAUGGGAAGUUUGAUUUUGGUGAGUUGGUGGAAGAGUUUCUGUAGAGAUAUAUAUUAUUAUGAAUAUUAAUAAUAGCAUAGGAAAUAGAUUUUUUUGUAAAUUUUAAUUAGAAAUUAGAUCAAAUUUUGAGUGCUAUCAUGCAUAGAACAUGGAAUUCUUCAGCCGAUGGUCUAUCAGAAACAUACCUCUCCGCCUCACAAAGGUUGGGGUAAUAUCUGCAUCCAUUCCAUCCCUCCGCCAGACCCCACUUAUGGAACUAUAUAUUCUUAGUGUGUGGUUAUUAUUUUUAUCAUAUAGCAUGAACAAAUGAUCCAAGGAUUGAUGAGCUAGAAGAGGUAAUUAAUUACUUUGAUGUUUUGUUAAUUCUUUUUACCAUAUGAGAUUUGGUAAGGCAAGAUUUUUGUGUAAGUUGAGACACUCAUUUUCUUAGUAGGUUUGGCUUCCUUUUUGUUUACUCCAUGAGGUAGAUUAUGGAAUGGAGAGUUUGAUGAUCAAUACAGAACUGUGAUAGUUUUAUUACUGAA